AAAAGAAUGAAAGCAAAUUGAGAGGAAAAGUAUGGAGGGACCUUUCUCCUUCUUCUUCCCCCGGCACGAGGAACCGGCGGCAGUUGACACCAGGGCUUUGAACCCUUGGACGUGGCGGAGGGGGAUUGCGUCUGGGAUCGCCUCUCCCCGGAUAACCUCGGGUUCCGGGAAAGUCGCCCGGGGGGAAUUUGAUAGAGACAUAUAUAUCCUUCCAACAGGGAGGAAGGCUGGAAAGAAAAGCCCGGCCCUAGUGAGAGGAUACGAUCACAAAUCCAAGGGUUUCCGUGGACCCAGGCCGGACGUCGAACAUGUGAUCGAAAAGACGAAGGGAGAGAGGGAUAUGAAGAAAACGGCAGACAUUAAUAAAACUGCUCAACAUACAGUGACCAUUAAGGGCCAACUACCCGGGCAUGAUCCCUUAUGUCUCGAGGAAGAGGAAUUUGAAGGGGUGAAUGGAGAAUUCACCCAAGUCUUUAAUGGAAUGGUAGUGGAUUCCAAUCGUCGUACCGGUGUGGAGAGAAAUAAUAUUCUUCCAGGUUGCCCGGUAGGACAAUUGGUAACCAUCAUGCAUAAGGUUGCGCAGCUCGUGGACUUGAGCUUUUUGCAUGUAGGACGGCUGCUCCAAGAGCAACCGGUCAUCCAGCAGGGUAAAGCCCUCGUCCACAGACAGGCAACCGUGAUCACUUGUGCCGCGAGAGAAGAAGGGGCACAAGUGGAAGCGCCGACCGGCUUCUUCUGUGGAGAAGUAGCUGGGCGCUCAGAAAAAGACUGGGAACUGGAGAGCUGGGAAUCGGAGGACUCCUUGUUGGGUAAUAACCCAUGGAUUCCACCCGGUAGGUUCAUACCGACUGGGAGUGUCAUGGAGAGGGAAGCUAACCGUCCAACCCCACCGGCAGCGACUGCUAUCUCCAUUCCAGUCCGUCCGAUCAACCCCAAUCCCCACACCACCAAACUCCACUGUUCUUCUAACUCCUCCCCGUCGGCCCCCGACUUUCUCCGAGAAGUUCAAGCCACCUUCAAGCGCCAUAGACCCCUCGUAAACGUGCAAUCAAAUAAUUUAAGACCAAGGAGGGAGCAGGUUCCUAGAAGGGAAGUUUCAAGAAGCUCAAUCACAAGUGUAGGUUCUACAUGUGAUAUGCAGAAGGGACAUGUUGAUAUUUUGGUUAGUCACAACCUCCAGGGUUGCAUUUCGCAAACCCAGAACACAGUCUCGGUUGUCCGAGAAUCUCAAGAAGAUGCAUCCGUCACUCCACGUUCUGAUUGGAAUUCGACUCUGAGUACAAAUGAACAAGAUUUUAGACCAUUGAAUGCUCGGGGUGACCAAGUUGGAUCGACUGAGGGGCAUCAAAGCAAUAUUACAUUUGAGUCUGCAGUUGUAAGCAAUCCUGAUGUUCCACUGGCUGAAGGGAAGAAGAAAGUACAUUAUGCCACAGAUUACAAUCCUAGAUCUCAGGGAAUAGGAUGGUUCAUAAGUAACCAGUUGGAGGCCCCAACUGCUGCCAUUCAGAUAAAGGAACAGAGGGUGGUCAGCCUCAUCAAUUUAGUAACUUUCUACAGAAUGAUUUUAGUCACCCAAUUACUCAAUCUUCGGAUGAGCAGUUCUCAAUUAGCUGUGGACCGCGUAGCAAAGUCCAAGCUGAGUUGUGAAGAGGUUCCCCACAAGGAUAUAACGCAGCCCUUACAUUUGUCAUCUAAGAAUGAAAAUAAAGUAUUAGCCGGUCAAGAACCCCUUACAGCUUCUGAUUCUAGAGCCAAAACUGAACCGGAAGCUAAGAUGCUUUACCAAAGUAAGGAGCAACACAGCAUUGUACCUAAGUUGGGCGAUACUUCCAUUGAUCCUUCCCCUUUUGAUGGCAGUUCUGGAAAAGUAGAUGCCUUAGAUAUUCAAUCUGAGAAUGCCUUGCCAAAAGUAUCUUCAUCAGGAUUAAAAGAAGAACCUUCCAAGUUAGAGAAGCUAGAGAAAGGGACAAACAGCAAAGUCACAUCUUCAUCUCGACGAAAAACUCAUGAUUCUGAUUUAUAUUUCAAUGUUAACGGAAAGAUUUACCAAAGGCUUGGUAAGAUAGGUAGUGGCGGAAGUAGUGAAGUGCACAAAGUUAUUUCAUCAGACUGCAGAAUAUAUGCCUUGAAACGAAUCAAGCUUAAGGGACGAGAUUAUGCAACUGCAUAUGGGUUUUGCCAAGAAAUUGAGUAUUUAAAGAGAUUCAAGGGAAACAACAACAUUAUUCAAUUAGUUGACUUUGAGGUAACAGACAAGAACUUGCUUCAGGAAGUCAUGAGUGGUUCUAUGAGUAAUAAGGAAUGCAAGGUCAAAGAAGAUGGCUUUAUAUACAUGGUUCUUGAAUAUGGUGAAAUUGAUUUGGCUCACAUGCUGUCUCAGAAAUGGAAGGAGCUAGAUGACUGUAAUGCAACCAUUGAUGAAAAUUGGCUUAGAUUUUACUGGCAGCAAAUUCUUCUUGCUGUGAAAACCAUACAUGAAGAACGGAUUGUGCACUCAGACCUAAAGCCAGCUAAUUUCCUGCUUGUGAAAGGCUCACUGAAGUUGAUAGAUUUUGGCAUUGCCAAGGCUAUACUGAACGACACCACAAACAUUCAGAGGGAUGGACAGGUGGGCACUCUAAGUUACAUGUCUCCGGAAGCAUUUUUGUGCAACGAGACAGACGCAAACGGAAACAUCAUAAAAUGUGGUCGUCCAUCAGACAUCUGGUCACUUGGUUGCAUCCUUUACCAAAUGGUUUAUGGCCGGACACCAUUUUCAGAACACAGAACCUUCUGGGCUAAGUUUAAAGUUAUUACAGAUGCCAACCAUGAAAUAACAUACGAACCAGUUUCCAAUCCAUGGCUCCUUGACCUUAUGAAGAACUGUCUUACAUGGGACCGAAAUAAAAGAUGGAGGAUUCCCCAGCUGCUCCAACACCCUUUCUUAGUUCCUCCCAUCCCAACCCAACCGCCUUCACCUUCUUCCCCACAAGAUCAGAGUUGUAAAUUGCUUCAGCUUCUCUUAAAUGCAUGUCAACAUGAUCAAAAUGCACUGAUGCUUUGUUCACAACUCCAGCAAUUGCUAGCUGACCCUCAACCUUCACAGCAAUUAGAAUUGCCCGUGUCGUCAUCUACAAGUCGAGAGUGCGAGUUGCUGAACGAAUUAUCGAAACUGUGUAUCAGACUACGAGGGCAUUUGGCAAUGUUGGGAGGCACAUAAAGUUGGCGAUGUAGAUAGAUUAAGUUUGUUCUUGGUUUCAUCAUUUUGGGCUGUUCCACCGUGCUUCUUCUGUUUCUACAUAUUCUGGUUUAUGGUAUUGUCUAGCUACAAAUGCUGCUGCGUUGCAUAUUAUUUUUUUAAAAAAAGAUAUAACCCCACCGUGAUGGAAAUCACUGCUGGUUGAACGGUU